AUAUAAAAUAGCAGUAACCUUGUGGAGCUAGCUUAUACGAGCUCAAAAAUCCGGUACGGAUUUUCAAAAUUCCAAAAUCAGAAUGUUUGUCACCUGCCCCGUGGUAGCUCCGGUUAUUCAACUGGGCAAACAGAUGAAAGAGCAUGGAAUCAUACCAGACGUGGUUACCUGCAUUCCGGAGUAUGUGGUCAGCAUAUUAUAUCCAUGCGAAAUUACUGUCUCGCCUGGCUGCCAUCUGACCCCAUUCCAGGUGAGGCGUGAGCCAAUUAUUCGUUGGAUGGCCGAUCCGCACAAGUUCUAUACGCUGGCCUUGAUCGAUCCGGAUGCACCAAGCCGUGCCAAGCCCACGUAUCGCGAAUGGCUCCAUUGGCUCGUUGGCAAUAUACCUGGCUGCGAUGUGGUCCGUGGCCAGCAGAUUGUGGAAUACAUUGGCAGUCGUCCGCCCGCAGAGACGGGCAAACAUCGUUACGUAUUCGUGGUAUUCAAGCAGCUUUGUGAAGUGGACUUUGACGAAAGCUAUAUACCUCGGGCCACCUACGACGGCAGACCCUGCUUUAGCCUCCGGCGAUUUGCCAAAAAGUAUGCCCUAGGCAAUCCCGUAGCACUUAAUUUUUUCUUUGCCAAAUGGGAAAAUGAUUUGCAUUGAGUCCCUUUAUAUUCUGUGUUUGCGUAGGUGACAAUAAAACUCGGAUUG